AUGGCGGAGCCAGCAACCAAUACUGGCUCUGAAACGAACGCGAACCGCAUUCGAGAGCAAUGGGACAGUCUGAAUGAUGUGUUUCAGGAUUCCAAUUCUGGGUCUGUCGGCGCCGAGGACCUGGAAGCCGAGAUCCGUGAAGCACAAGCUCAACUAUUGAAACUGAAAAGGCAACGUGAGCUCAUUGAUAUCAAGCAAAAGGUUGCCGAGGAACAGAGAGCACUGGAACUCGCCCGCAGUCGGCUUGCAGCUGUCACACGAGAUGGCUCUGUGACUCCCAUCUCAACUCCAUUCAAAACGGAGCGAAAACAGAAUGAGACUGGUAUCGAUGGAGCCCAACAGAAGAGCGCCGCCCGAUCCGAGCUGCUUACUGCUUCCCCAAUACCAACUGCAUCUGAUCAUGUCGAGACUAAGCAGUUGAAGUCAGCUGAGUCCGACAGUCUAUCUAAGGCCGCAUACAUCCCCGGGUUGAACAUCGAACAACUGCGAGCCCUUGCCGCAGCAAGCAGGUCCCCGGCUGGAGGGCCAGUCACCAAAACCGAAUCCUGUUCUUCUAGUCUCGCUCCCACACGGCCUUCCCAUCCCGACUCGUCAGUUCAACCCCCACCGGUGCCCAAUGUUCCGGUAUACCACGGACGAGCGUUGGGAGAGUUUAAGAACUUCUCUAUGGGCCUAGAACGACAUUUCGACAGAUACCCCGAGUGGUAUAUGAUCGAAGAACGCAAGGUCAACCGGGCGCUUAAGCACGUUGCCCUUAAUAUCGAGGAGGAGUGGAAGCGACACAUACGUCACUUGCAGGCCGACAAGGUCACAUACGGCGCUUUCUGCACUUUCCUUAUUGAAAAGCUUCAGGCCGGUGUAUACCCGGAGGUUGCCAGGGCUCGCUAUAUGGAUAGCUACCAGCGACCGGCGCAAUCGGUGACUGAUUUCUCCAACUGGAUGCAGCAGUGGCCCCCGCACUUCCCCAAUCAGGACACGGAACGCGAUCGCAUGCGCCAUCUCUUUGAGCAUCUGAUGAACAGGGUUCGCAACGAGGCCGACAAGACCCACCUGGAUUUUGACAACUACUAUGACUUUGUCCAGUAUCUCCAGUGGGUCGAAGACUCCAUUCCCACCCGGGCGGAGUCUCUGGGUCGCCGGGCUACCAACCCCCGAAAGCGACCUCGCAGCGACUAG